UAAGAGUCCAUGUUGAGAACAGAGCAAUUGCAUCGAGUUCUCCGUGCUGCAAGAGCGAGCUAUUCCUGAUGACAAGCAUCUCCUAUGCAAGCCUACCUCAUCUAGAGAGGUCAUCGCCGGCGAGGACAGAGCUCCGCCUGUGGCACGGAGGGCAUGAACUGGCUCCUGUGGGCGGAUCGAGAAAGAUGGAUAAGAUAGAAUUUGGUGGGAGAUUCUCCUCAGAUGGACCUUUUAAGAGAGUUACUGCACCUCAAACCGUGACCUCUGCUUCUCCGACCAUGGUUUCUGAUCUUGAGACAGCAGACUCUCGCACAGACACGGAGAAGAUGCUGGCAAACUACGUGCCGGUGUUCGUGAUGCUCCCAUUGGAUGUCAUCUCCGUCAGCAACGUGUUGGAGAAGCAGGAAGAACUGCGGCGGCAGAUGCGACAGUUGCGUGCCGCCGAUGUCGACGGCGUCAUGGUGGACGUUUGGUGGGGAAUCGUCGAAGCCGAGGGCGCGAAAUGCUACGACUGGAGCGCAUACAGGGAGCUGUUCCACAUGGUGGAGGAAGAAGGGCUCAAGUUGCAGGCCAUCAUGUCGUUCCAUCAGUGCGGUGGAAACAUCGGCGACGCCGUCGACAUCCCGUUGCCGCGGUGGGUUCGCGAUGUCGGCGAGUCGGACCCAGAUAUCUACUACACCAACAGAAGUGGCACGAGGAAUCGAGAGUACCUCACCGUUGGGGUAGACGACCAGCCCAUAUUUGAUGGCCGCACUGCUGUGGAGCUUUACAGUGACUUCAUGAAGAGCUUCAGAGCAAACAUGGCAGAUUUCUUGGAUGCUGGCAUUAUCACAGACAUAGAGGUGGGUCUUGGCCCUGCCGGAGAAUUGAGGUACCCCUCCUACCCUGAAGCACAGGGAUGGGUUUUUCCAGGCAUUGGAGAGUUUCAGUGUUAUGACAAGUACAUGAAGGAAGAGUUCAAAGAGGACGCAACAAUGGCAGGACACCCUGAAUGGGAUUUGCCAGAUGAUGCAGGAGAAUACAACGACAAGCCGACGAAGACGAAGUUCUUCGCGGCGAAGAAUGGGACAUAUCUCACGGAAAAAGGAAGCUUCUUCCUGACUUGGUACUCGAACAAGCUACUAAUGCAUGGAGACCAGAUUCUUGAUGCAGCUAAUGAGGCCUUCCUAGGCUGCAAACUCAAGCUUGCAGCUAAAGCAAGUGUCCUAUUGCACUCUCUCAACGCAAUUAGGAAGCCCUCUCUGUGUGUUGCCUUCACUGUAAUCCCACCACUUGCAUCGCAGGUCUCCGGCAUCCACUGGUGGUACAAAGACGACAACCAUGCAGCAGAGCUAACUGCAGGCUACUACAACCUGAACGAUCGCGACGGCUACAGAACCAUCGCAAGAAUGCUGGCAAGACAUGAUGCUAUCCUCAACUUCACCUGUGUGGAGAUGAGAAACUGGGAACAAAUCAGAAGAGCCAAGAGUGGGCCUGAAGAACUCGUUCGACAGGUGUUCAGUGCAGCAUGGAGAGAGGGGAUCGAAGUGGCAUGCGAAAAUGCUCUUAGCAGAUAUGACAGAAGGGGGUAUAACCAGAUCUUGAAGAAUGCUAGGCCAAAUGGAGUCAGCAGAAAUGGCAGGCCAAAGCUGAGAGUUCUAGCAAUGACAUAUCUCAGACUAUCAGAUGAGUUACUGAAGAGAAUUAACUUCAACGUAUUUAGAUUGUUUGUGAGAAAGAUGCAUGCAGAUCAGGUGAGGUUUCUUCUUCGUACUACCUCUGAACCUUCAAGCUUGGGAAUAAUGGAGUUGAUGCAGUUCAAUGGUGUUGUUUUACUGCAGGAGUACUGUGCAGAUCCAUGGAAGUAUUUCAAACCCAUUACACCUGUAGAGAGAUCGAAGCCAGAGAUACCGAUGGAUGAAAUCUUGGAAGCUACAGAGACUAUGAAGCCAUACCCAUUUGAUCCAGAAACUGAUAUGAGUGUUGGUGGUGCCUUUGCCGAUGUUGUGGAUGCAGCACUGCACAUCUUGACUUCAUCCUUCAAUUGAGAUCCUGCAGAUGGUGAGGACGGAGGACCAGAGUUUGAUGAGAACAGUACAAUGAAGAAGCUAUAGAUCGACCGAUGUUUAUGUGAACACUGAAGCAUAGAUAUCAGUUCAUAUCAGUGUAAUUAAUCUAAUUUAUUCUCGACAA